CCGCCCCUCUCGCGAGACGGCGGCGCUGGGGCGGGCGCACGUGCGCGCGGGGUGAGGGACCGGGACCCGCCGCGGCCCGAGGGGCCUCCGGUACCGCCACCGCCGCCCCCGGGGCCCCCCGCCCCGCUCAGCCCCCGCCCAGCGCCUCCCGCACAGCUCCAUCUUCUCCGGAGGGCCCCUCGCAGGGACCCCCCCGGCGCUGGUACCGCAGCAUCCUCCCCGCUCGGGUACCUGGCGCCCGCCUCUCCCUCAGCCCCGGCACCGCCCCGCGCUGCGAGCCCGACCCUCCCCAGGCGUGUGACAUGGCCACGGAUGUCGCCGAGCCCGUGGUCCCUGACUGCAGAGGGGACGGGAGGAGCGGUGCCAGGUCAGACGCCGACUACCCCCUCCGGGUCCUCUACUGCGGAGUCUGUUCGUUGCCAACAGAGUACUGUGAAUACAUGCCUGAUGUGACUAAAUGCAGACAAUGGUUAGAAAAGAAUUUUCCAGAUGAGUUUGCAAAACUUACAGUAGAAAAUUCACCUAAACAAGAAGCUGGGGUUGGAGAAGGCCAAGGAAAUGUGGGAGGAGAAGAAGAAGAGAAGAAGAAGCAAAAGAGAGGUGGAAGAGGUCAGAUAAAACAGAAAAAGAAGACUGUACCACAGAAAGUCACGAUAGCUAAAAUUCCCAGAGCAAAGAAAAAAUACGUCACAAGAGUGUGUGGCCUGGCAACGUUUGAAAUCGAUCUUAAGGAAGCACAAAGGUUCUUUGCUCAGAAAUUUUCCUGCGGUGCCUCAGUAACAGGAGAAGAUGAAAUCAUCAUUCAGGGGGAUUUUACAGAUGACAUUAUUGAUGUAAUCCAGGAGAAGUGGCCUGAGGUGGAUGAUGACAGCAUCGAAGACCUUGGAGAAGUCAAGAAGUGAAAGACUACCUUUAUUUAAUUAAAUGGUUAUAAAUGAUAUAGCCAAAGUGAGGCUUCUAAAUCCAUUUGCUCUGCAGUGAAACUGUGGAGAACCCACACCCUUGGCAUUUUCACUGUUCUGUAUAGGCUGCUUGUUUAUUUUUUUCUUUUUGUUGUGAUAUUUGCCAAAGUUAAAUCGGGGUUCUACCAUGCUUACGCAUGAAGUAGAUUUAAAUAAAAUUACUGUUCCUCACUGA